AUGGACCAAACUAACCAACAAAAGCUUAGUCGUUUCACAAAGUCUCAAUUCCUAAAGAAGCUCACAAAGCUGUUGCUCUCCAUCUCUGUAUUCUCGCUCUUGUUCUCGAGCUCCAGUCUCCUCUCUUUCCUCCAACCGUGGCAUUUCCAACUCUCCACCUUCCCACUCCGCCUUGUCACCCACGCCGUUGACAAGAACUGCAUCUUCCUCCUCUGUAACGGCAUCCUCGUCUUCCUCGCAAAGAACUCGGGCUUCAUCGGCAGCAAGACCAGGUCCCGGCGCGGCACUGGCAAUAAAGAGCCGGCCAAGGAGACCCUGUACAUGAUGGAGAAUAAGUUACUUGCCACGGACAUCGACAACGGAGUUUUCCACGACGUCGCGCGUGAGGAUUUCUCCCUUGAAGGAGAAGGGAAAACGUUGAAUGGUAAGAACAAUAAUCAUGAGGACUGCGUGGUCGAAGUAGAAGCAGAAGACGUGUGUUUUCAUGCAGAAGAAUGCACACGAGAUGACGACAACGACGACGUUGACGAAGUAGAACAAGAAGAUAGUAUCCAUUUUUCGACUUUGAAAGCGGGAACCGCGGUAGCAAUAUCCAAUUCCCACGGCGACGAGGAAUUAGAUGAUUGCGGAGGAGCGAGAGAGGAUGAAACUGGUGAAGUCUACAGCGAUGGGAAUAAUGCGAUGACUGCGGAGGAGUUGGACAAGAAGUUCGACGAGUUCAUUCGUAGGAUGAAGGAAGGAAUCAUGAUCGAAGCUCAGCAACAGCAGCAACUUCUCAUGGUCUAA